CCUUACUGUGCGCGAGCACGUUUUCCCGCCCCCGGCGGCGCGUAAACACAGGCGCGAGGAAACAUGACUGAAGGCGGGCUGGAUCUGGUGAAGGUGCACGUAGGCGGUGGAUAUGACUCGGAUUUCAGUGAUGAUGAAGCAGGAGGGGAAACGUCCCAACAAGGACAAAAGAGGAAGCGUGAAGAUGACCUCAUGCAGAAGCAAUUCCGGAAAGGUCCGGCUAAGGUUGCCCACAGAAGUCUGGCUGCAGAUGAAUUAGACAGAGAGGAGGCCAGGAACAGACGUCAUCACUUCCUGUCUAUGAAUGCUUUUGACAGACAUAAGAAGUUCAUUAGUGAUUAUAUACUGUACUAUGGAGGAACUCUUGCAGACCUGAAGAGAUGCACAGCUAAAGAUAAGAACGAUCUGGAUGUGGUGAAAGAAAACCACCGCUUUCUGUGGAGAGAUGAGGACGAGGAGGAUAUGACAUGGGAAAAGGAACUUGCAAAGAAGUAUUACGAUAAGCUCUUCAAGGAGUACUGCAUAGCUGACCUCAGCAGAUACAAGGAGAAUAAGUUUGGAUUCAGGUGGCGUAUAGAAACAGAAGUAGUAUCAGGAAAAGGCCAGUUUUUGUGCGGGAACAAGCGCUGUGAGAAGCAGGAGGGCUUGAAGAGCUGGGAGGUGAACUUUGCUUACGUGGAGCACGGCGAGAAGAGGAACGCGCUGGUCAAACUGCGCCUCUGUCCAGAAUGCUCCUUUAAACUGAACUAUCAUCACAAGAGGAAAGAGGUGAAAGUUCAGAAGAAAAAGCACAGAUCAAAGGAGGAUAAAGGAGUCAAGCUGCAGGAGAAGGAGUCAUCAUCCCAUUCCAAGAAACUUAAAAAGAAGAAACGCAAACACAAAAACAAAAAUAAAGACUACUCUUCCUCAAGUUCAGAAGAUUCACUGGAGUCAGAGUCAGAAAGUGAAAAGGAAGGUGAGGGCCCUUCUGAGUCCGAGCACUGGAAAGGCCCAGCUCCUAGUGUUGAAGAAAAGUCACGGGAACAGGAGUUCGACGAGUACUUUGAGGACAUGUUUCUCUGAGGACAUUUGGCAUGCAGCCAAAUCGACUGGAAAAAUAACAGACAGUGUAAAUAACAUGAUUUGUUUAAUGUGUGCGUUCACAUGUUCUGUAUGAGGCAAUAAACGAUAUUAUUUUCAAUUUAA